AUGAAGAAGUUAGGUAAUACUUCUUUAUUUAUCAUAGUCUUUCUUAUUCUUUUAAUUAAUGAAAGUUGUUUUGGGAAAAAAUGUCAAUGUGGUGAUGGUAUUUGGGAUAGUUUUUGUGAAGACUGUGAUGGAAAUUCUCAUUGUGGAAGUAAUUGUAAAUGUAAAGAUGGAUAUCAACCAAAUGGAUUAGGUGAAUGUAUAAUACAAUGUCUUUAUGGAGAUAAUUGUUUAGAAGGAUGUUAUUUACCAAAUGAAUGUGAAAAAUGUGAUACAACAAAACAUAUUAAAAGUGAUUGUAGUGAUUGUGAAGAUGGAUAUGUAUUUAAUGGAUAUGGUAAUUGUAUAGAAAAACCCAAAUUAGUUGAGACAUGUUUUUCUUUUUUUCAACGAACAAAGAAUGAUAAAGUGUAUAUUAUUAAUGAAAAUACUGAUAUUUUUCAUACUGUUUUUAUGAAUGAAACUGUAUUUAGUAAAACAUUAUGUUCUGAUGUUGUUUCAUUUACACAACCAUAUACAUAUGGUAUUUGGAUUAAAUUAAUAAGUCUUAAAGAACAAUACGUCAGUAUUGCUUUAAAUGAUUAUACUGAAUCAGAAUUAUUAUAUAUUGAUUCAAUUGGAAAUUAUUUUGAAAAUCCAUAUUCAAUUGCAACACAAAUGGAUUGUGAUGAAAUUAAUACUCCAAGAUGUAAUUUAUUUAAUUUAAAAAGUGCAGAAAAUAUAUUAACACCAAGAUUAAUUAUUCAUUUACAACCAUCUAUUCCUAUUUAUGUUUUUAUUCAUUCUCCUUAUGGAAAAACAAUUUCAGAACCAUUCACAUUUUAUCUUAAAUCUAUUACUCAUCCUUGUAUUGAAAGGGCUAUUGAAAUAGACUUAAUUGAUGUUAUUGAUGUACCUACAAUAUAUUUAGAUAAAUAUACUACAUUUGUUUCAACUUCUGUUUGUCUUACAAAAGCACAAUAUGUUAAAUGGUAUAAAUUAAUUGGAGCAAAUAAAAAAAUGAAAAUUAGUUUAUGUGAUUCUAGUUAUGAAGGAAGUGUUUCAAUUCAAGUUAUUGGUUUUCCUGAUAAAAAUACUAUCGAUUCUUGUUCAAGUACUCACGCUCGUUGUAAUAAAUAUGUCUCUGGAAAUUGUCCAAAUACACUUUAUUCAACAACAAUUGUUGAAUUAAUUGAUACUGAACAAUUAUAUGUUGGAAUUACAUUCUCAAAUCAAGAAAUUAAAGGAAAUAUUUCUAUUUCUUUUGAAUUUGUUUGUCCAAACAAUUGUGGAGAACAUGGAUUUUGUAGUGAAUCAGCAGAAGGUUGUAUUUGUGAAGAAGGUUAUGUUAAUACUGAUAUAGGAUGUAGUAGUUGUGGUAAUGGAAAGAAGGAUGAAAAUGAAGAUUGUGAUAAUUCUUAUAAAUUUGAUUCACAGUGUGAUAAUAAUACAUGUUCUUGUAUUUCACCUUUUGUACCAAUAAAUUUUAAUGGAACUAUACGAUGUAGUUUACCUUCAUGUGGAAAUUAUCAAAUUGAUAUUGGAGAAGAAUGUGAUGGUGGAAUGGAAUGUGAAUAUUGUUUUUGUAUUAAUGGAGCACAACCUCAUUCUAUUCCACAAAUUGGUUGUAUUCCUUCUACAUGUGGUAAUAAUUUACUAGAUAAAGAAGAAGAGUGUGAUGGUGGAGAAGGAUGUUAUGCAUGUCAAUGUAUUGAGGGAUAUUAUUCAGUACAUUCGUUGUCAUGUAGAAGAAAUAAUUUUAUUAAAGACACUAUUAUAUAUUUAUCAUCCAUUAUUAUAUUUUAUAUAUUCUUUUGGACUGCAUUAUUAUUCAUUCAUUUAUUCAUUUAUACAAAGUUAAAUAAAAUUAUUACUAAAGAAUUAAAUGAACAAGAAAUGAUUCAAGAAAUUUGUAAUUGUGGUGUUAUUCCUUUUGAUAAAGAUAAUGCACAAAGACUAGAGAUCUUUAAUAAUCCUUACUUUUCUUUUUCUGAUUCUAUUAUAUCAUUUCUAAACGAAGGGAAAUUAGAUCUUGAAAAAAGUUAUUCAUUCCAAUUUACUCUACGUAAUACUUACAAAAAGGUAUUAUUAUAUACAUUUCAUGGUAAAGAAAAUCCAAAAUAUAAACUUAUUUUUUCUCCUACAACAGGGGCAUUACAUACACAAGAAGUAGUUACUAUUACAGCUCAACUUAUGAUAUUUUGUACAACAAAUUUAAAAGAACGAAUUCAUGUCACUUUGAGGUUUGGUCAAAUUAAAUCGGCAAUGAAAGAAAUUGAUGAUAUAAUUACAAGAAAUAACCCACAAUUACUUCAAGAUUCUAGUUCAACCAAUUCAUCAUCAUCACUUAUUCUUCAAACACAAUUACAUACUGAAGAAAGUAAAUCUUCUCUUCUCAGUAUUAAAACUAAAGUUAAACCACCAAAAGUUGAAAGGUUUUAUGUUAAUAUGGAAUUACGAGCAGAAAGUAAAUUAUCAACACAUAUUGAUUUUGAUGAAAUAGAAUUAAAACAACCACCUGUAGGACAAGGUUCAUUUGGAUUAGUAUAUCGAGGGUUUUGGAGAGGAGUAGAAGUAGCAAUUAAAAUGAUUAAGUCAGAUCUGUUAGACACAGAAACAUUAUUACCAAGUUUUAAAGCAGAGUGUAAUUUAAUGGAGAGAAUACGAUGUCCCUAUGUUUUGUCUUUUGUUGGAAGUGUACAAAUGCCUGACCAAUUAUGUUUAAUAACAGAAUUUUGUAGUAUGGGUUCUGUAAGAAAAUAUAUGAAAACAAAUUCAUUAACAACACAAUUAAAAGUAAGAAUUUGUCAAGACAUUGCGAGAGGAAUGAAUUACUUACACCAAAAUAAUAUUGUUCAUAGAGAUUUAAAAACAGAUAAUAUUUUAAUGUUUAGUACUAAUCCAAAUGAAGCUAUGUUAUGUAAAAUUUCUGAUUUUGGAACAUCACAAUUAUAUGUUGAAUCAAAAAAUUCUAAAAAAAUCGUUGAUGUUGGGACUCCUGCUUAUAUGGCACCAGAAGUUCAUAAUCCUAAACUAGGAGAUGCUAGUUUUAAAUGUGAUGUUUUCUCAUUUUCUAUUUGUUUAUUAGAAAUAUGGUUGACUCAUCAACCAUAUGACCCUGAACAAUUUCCUGACUCUGAAUCUAUUCAAUCCUUUAUUAUGGCAGGAAAACGUUUAGUUAUACCGAAUGAAUGUGUGUAUAAACGAAUUAUUAGAAAAUGUUGGGCACAUAAACCAAAAAAUAGACCAACAUUUAAUGAAGUUUCAUUAGAAUUGGAUUCUAUUUAUCAAAGAAUAAUUAAAACUACAAGAAAAAGACAAAACACUAUUUCUGUAUUACAUCCAACUGAAUUCAGUAGUACUACUCCAUUUUCUCCAAUUGAAUCACCUGAUACAUUAGCUCCUGAAUCUUUAUCAAGUACUCAUGGAGUAACUCCAAAAAUUAUGUUACCUGAAUUAUCUGUAGCACCUUUAAAUAUUCCUGAUGGAAAGAUUCAAGCAAAGGUUAGUGAUAGGUUAAAUAAAGUUACAAACACUCAAAGAUUUUCAACUCCUUCUGUUCAUUCUCAACUAGAAGAAAAUCAAGAACAAGAAGAAAAAGAUGAUGAAGAAUAUUCUGUUGUAGAAAUAUCAACACCAAAUACUCCAGCAACUUCAUUAAAUCAAUCAGGAAUUCAAACACCAAGGAAUCGUAAAAGAAUGAAUAGUAUCAUACAACCAAGUAGUAUAGAUAAAAUUAGUACUGUAGGAGAUAAUACUUCGAAUAAUGGAACAAUUUCAAUUAAAUCAAAUAGCAAUUUAUUAGAACAUGAAGAAGUAUUAAGUUUAAGAAAAGAUGAUACAAACCCAUUACGUAAAAAAAGAACAAACGUUAUUUUAAAAGAUAAAUUUGAUACAUCUUCAUUUGGAGAUAUUCCAACACCAAUAUUAAUUGCUCUUGAAUCAAGCAAUGAACAAAAAAGAUAUUCAUGUGGCACAACAGGGGGAUUAAAACAAAAAUCACCAGUUAUAUUGUAUAAUGAAAAUAAACAACCAAUUAAAAUAAAAAUAAGUUCUUUUACAGAAGAAGAAAAUAAAAGAAAGAAAAGUGAAUUAAGAAAUGUAAUUUCUCCUGAGAUUAAUCAAAAAAAUGUAAAAACUACUUUACUAAAAGAAGGUAAAGAAUAA